AUGUUAGCAACAACAGCACCAAACUCGUUAGUCAUGAACCCAACUUCAAUGUUAGUAGAAAUGAAAAGCUUCAUUCCUUCUUCAUAUACUUUCGAAACAGAAAUCCAGAAGAUAAAGCAAGAACUUCUCCAAGGAGAUUUAGAUUGCACUGCAAAAGAUGAAGAAAAUGAAGAAUAUCUUUAUGAAAUGCAGGAUAUUAUUGACCAUCUACCUAAACUUCCUGAAAUACAACAACAAAAGCUUACUAUUCCAGAAUUUGAAGAAAUUGAAGUCAGACCAACCGACUCAGUAGAAAUAAAGAAGUUCAUACGUAAGGUAUGA